ACCUUCGGUUUAUGUUGAACAACCAUGUUGGCUCUCCGCUUGUUUUUAAUGCUGCAAUGCAGCCUGUUGGUCCUGGCAGGCGUUUGUUUAAUACCGCAGCCUGUUAGAAGGCAGCGCUCGCUCGAGGAUAUAGUGAAGAAUCCCUGGAGGCUAUCACCCCGCCUGGAUGGCCGUAUUGUGGGCGGUCAUCGCAUCAACAUCACCGACGCACCACAUCAGGUUUCGCUGCAGACUUCGUCCCACAUUUGCGGAGGUUCUAUCAUAUCGGAGGAGUGGAUACUGACUGCCGCCCAUUGCACAUAUGGUAAAACGGCAGAUCGCCUGAAAAUACGCCUGGGCACCAGUGAGUUCGCUCGCAGUGGCCAACUGCUGCGGGUGCAGAAGAUCGUCCAGCACGCCCAGUUCAACUACACCAAUGUGGAUUACGAUUUCUCCCUGCUGCAGCUGGCGCAUCCCAUCCAGUUCGACGAGACCAAGAAGGCUGUCAAGCUGCCCGAGUCUCAGAUGAAAUUCAUGGACGGGGAAGCCUGCUAUGUGAGUGGUUGGGGCAACACCCAGAACCUGCUGGAGUCCCGCGAGUGGCUGCGUCAGGUGGAGGUGCCUCUGGUUAAUCAGGAGCUGUGCAGUGAGAAAUACAAGCAGUAUGGCGGCGUUACCGAGCGCAUGAUCUGUGCUGGAUUUCUGGAAGGCGGCAAGGAUGCGUGCCAAGGCGAUUCCGGCGGUCCGAUGGUCACCGAAUCGGGCGAGCUGGUGGGCGUGGUUAGUUGGGGCUACGGUUGCGCAAAGCCCGAUUAUCCGGGUGUCUAUUCAAGAGUAAGUUUCGCACGGGAUUGGAUCAAGGAGCACAGUGGUGUUUAGAUUAGUGUAUAUCCUGCAGUACAAUCUUAGCUUGGAAACAAGUUUCUCCUUAUGUUUGCCACUACAUGUAUUUCGAGAGCCCGCAAUAAAAA